AUGUCCCUCUCAUCCUCGUUCCCCGACGGGCCUGUACCAGUACCACCCAUUACUAUCACCACGUCGAGUUGGCAGCCCUCCAACGUCACCACCGUUCCGGAUUCCAAACUACUCACCCCAGUAUCCUCACUCCAAGAGAAGAAGAAACGGACUCGACGCGCUCCCAAGCCCAAGCAACUGAAGCAAGCCAAGCAGGCCAAGCAAACCGCUCUGCUGACCGAGUUAGGCGAUGCAUUGGUUGAUCAGCUCUACAUUCCCAGCCUCAAUGAUCGUUUAGAGGCUACCAAUGUAUUGGUUAAUCAUCUCCGCACAAGUCUCAGCACAGCACCUAUUUCUGAUGGUAGCUCCAUCACCAGCAGCAGUCGCACAUUGACUACAGUCGAAUCCCACGUUCAGAAUUCUCCUCUCAGGAACCCAAGCAUUUCGUAUGGCGGCGAUACGGCAGGUGCCUCACUUUCUCUCUCUUCCACCGCGGUCGCAUGCCCGGAACAAAAUACCGAAUCGAUCAACGCGAACCAAAACCGAAAAGAGGGCGAUGUCUUCAGCUUAGAUGAUUUCUCCACAAUGACCGCAAUCCAGCGUCUGACAGAACAAUAUGGUCGCGUGGCACACAUGGGAAUAUUGGACCACAGCUACCGGUUUUUCGUGAACAAAGCACGGACAGCAGCACUAUCAUUUAAGGUUCAAAACCGGGUGGUGAUCGUAGGUGGAGACCCUCUUUGCGACCCAGACCCCAUCGCCAUCAGGGAAUUGUUGGACGAAUUUGCCGAAUACAGGAAACGCCAUCAUUGGGGCAUUGCUUUCAUGGGAGCAAGCGAAUCCUUUGUGAGAGAUUACGUCGAAGCUCAACCCGCAAAAUGGACAAGCAUCCGCUUCGGCACCGAGCGCGUGCUAAACCCCCAGACAAACGAGGUUCUUCUCGAGCGAAGCGGGAAGCGCAUCGCAGUCCAAAACCGCCAGUUACUCAACCCGCAAAAAGGAGGGGUAACCCUAGGUCUCUAUGUGCCAGCCAUGCACGGGACAGACACCCAGCUCCAAUCAGAGCUAGUCGCCAUUUAUGACGCUUGGCGCGCCGAGCGCAACCACUCAACAGGGCCUCAAGCAUUCAUCACAGUAUACGACCCAUUUGCACUUCCGAACCUGAUGACAUUCGUACACAGCCGCGGCUCAGACGGCCAGAUCAACGGCUUCGCCGCUCUGCGCCGUCUGGGCUGCAACGGGUACCAUAUCGACCCCUGCAUCGCUGCACCGGGCAGUCCAAAGGGAAUAACCGACCUUCUAAUCGUCGCGGCCAUGGCCCUGCUCAAUCGCGCCGACAUCUCAUACCUUGGUUUCGGCUUCGAGCCUUCCCGCACCCUGCUGCCGGACGACGUCCGCGGCAUGCGCAGCCCAAUAGCUAACAUCACGCGUGACCUGUACGGCCACACCUUCACGCGAUUGCCCAUCCACGGCAAGAAGGCGUAUCACGAUAAAUUCCGGCCCGAUGCCGCGCAGGACUCGCCGCUAUACCUUGUUUUUCCGGACGGAAUGCCCGGCCCCAGACACUUGCUGGCUAUGAUGCACAUGGCUAAUAUCAGCUUGCGGAAAAUGCUAUGGACUGACCUGCGCAGUUUGCUGCGCGAGCGCAAGUCGAAGAACUCGAAAUCACCGGCCCCGUCCGAGGAUUCAACGGCUGCUGUAGAUGAGAAGGAGGGCCCCACCUCUGUCGUUACGGUUCUUAAGUUCGGUUCGUCCCUAUGA